AUGGCGCUGAACAGCUUCCCGCCCGGCUAUACGCGUAUACCGACUGUAUCACCCGGUCCCGAAGACUAUCCAGACGACACAGACGCCCUGUCACGGUCCUCCUCUCCCUCCUCCUCGUCGCGACGGCCCGCUUGGACGCGCUCUUUCCACUUGGCGGCUGCUGCCUCGCUGUUCACAGUCUGUUCACUCGCCAUCUUUUCCGCCCUAAGCGCAACGCGGAUCUCCUUGUACUCGCAGUCUGGACACGCUCUCCCCCUCCCAACCCAUCAGUACUUUGGCCUGGAGACUGCCGCUGUUCCUCCCUGCAAGUUGUGGGGUCCUGGACUCAGCGAAGCCAGGCAGAAUGUCGAAGCGGUCUUUUACAUCGACUUCGAGUCGGCAAAUGACCCCCCGCUACACCCCGACCUGGAGGACGUCGCAGUCUGGCUCGAAGGGCCAGCUCGCUUCGCGGCAGACGUAUCGUAUGCUCAGAAGGGGCGGUACGUCGUGCGCUACACGGCCCUCGAUGCGGGGGACUACCGUCUUCGGGUGGACGCCUUCAGACGCACACAGACUGGCAAGCCUUACGCCUACUGGCUUCCGCUAGGGCUUGACACGUACAACGUUACCGUCAUGCGUCAAGAUGGAAGUCGACUGCGCGGCGACGGACGUCAGGAGCUCGCCUUGCCGAAGGAGCGGUGUCGAGGUGACGAGGUGGGAAGUCGGGGACGUUGGGUCCGCUGCGAAGAUACUCCCCUCCCUUGCACACGCUACGGCUGGAUAUGGGUGCCUCGCGACUGCAUAUUUCACAUCUACACGCCCGACGAACUCGCCAAGCAGGACCUCUGGAUCGCCCUCGUCGGAACGUCCGUUUGGCGAGGCAUCUUCUUCGCCGGCGUCGACCACCUCUUCGGUCCCCUUGCCGCCAACCUCUCUGCGCCGACGUCCAAAUUCUGGAAGUGCUGGGGACGCCUCUCUGCCGAGUCGGCCAAGAUGCGCAUCUCCUACCUCGACUUCCGCCAGCAGUGCAUCGCGGACACAGGCGCGCUCCACUGCAGCGGAGGCGACUACCUCGCCAACACGGAGAAGAUGCUGGGGAAGAUGGCGCAGGAGCGCGGAGGUAGGGGUCCUGACCUCGUCUUGUGGGAGUCGAACGACAAUUCGCACUCGAACUACACCAUGCUGUCGCUCUACCGGCAGUGGUUCGGUCCGUCCUGGACUGGCGCUUUCGUUUCUGCGUUCCGGACGUACUCGCCCGAGGUGCCGUACACUCAUCAAGAAGCCGGGAACAUCGCCGCUUACGCUUCGCGCAACCCGGAAGCGAAAGUCGAAACCUUGGACAUCUCGCGACUGGGCGGCGGCUUGUUCGAUACGAUGGAGUUCCCCCUCAAGCAGAGUGCGACCUUUCACUGGCACAACAAGUGCGACUACGAGGGCAUGCACUCUUGCUCGCCCGUCGACGACAUGAUCUUCCAGAUAGCCGUCAACCGCGCCGUCGAACGUCAACGACGCCUUCCUCCGCGCGCUCCGACACCGCCAGCAACUGAAGACGUCGCGGAGGACAUCAGGUUCUGCCUGCAGUGUCCGCCGAGUCUUGACUUCUCGAUGAGGCCGGAGGAGGAUGUGCAGUGCUUUGCAGGUCUCCCGCUGUAG